GAAAAAUACGCUUCGAAACCACUCUCGCUCGCUCCAAAAGAAAAACAAAAACCCCAUUCUCGCUUCCACCGGGGCAAAGCUGCCUCCCUGAUUUGAUAAAACUCAGGAAAUUAUUCUCCAACUUUUACUUUAUUGAUUUGCCUUCAGUUGCAGACGGUGAUGGCUUCUUUAUUCAAGGAUCAAUCGAAGCUUUCACAAUAUCGGGAUAGAAGAUUUCCUGGAUCACAGGAGGACUUUGAACAAGCACUUCUGGCAUCAACGACUGUUUAUAUUGGGAAUAUGUCAUUCUACACAACAGAAGAGCAAGUUUAUGAGCUUUUUUCUCGUGCUGGAGAGAUUAAGAAGAUAAUUAUGGGCUUGGAUAAAAAUACCAAAACGCCUUGUGGUUUUUGUUUUGUCCUAUACUACUCUCGAGAGGACACUGAGGAUGCUGUAAAAUAUAUUAGCGGGACUAUUCUUGAUGAUCGUCCUAUUCGUGUGGAUUUUGAUUGGGGAUUCCAAGAAGGAAGGCAAUGGGGUCGAGGGCGAAGUGGUGGACAGGUGCGUGAUGAAUAUCGUACUGAUUAUGAUCCUGGCAGAGGUGGAUAUGGUAAAUUAGUUCAACGAGAGUUAGAAGCUCAGAGAACGCUAGUAGAUUAUGGUACUGGAUCUUUGGGCACUUUCCCUCCAGUCAUGCCACCUCACUAUGGUAGACAUGGUGGAGGCCAUAAUCAUGGGGGUACUCAUCGGCCUGGUAGAGGUGACUAUCAUCGGAAACGACAUCGAGAUGAUGACCGCCACUCAUAUGAGAGCUCAAAGAGAAACUCGGAUUACGAAUCCCGAAAGAACUCUGAUCACGAAUCUAGACCAGAGAAAAAUCCACGGUUUCGUGAGAGUGGCGACUCUGAUGAUGAAGAAGAUGAGCAAAAGCGACAAUCUUGAUCACAUUCUCACUGCUGGGCAUCGACUGAUACUUCAGGGAAUUUCUGCAAUCAGAUAGAAAGCAAUGGUGUCCAAAUUUGAAUGUGGAUUGAAUUGUGCCCUGGACAACUUGAAGACGUCAUUUUCUUUACUCAUGUUAUUUCUCGAAGGCUUAGUUUCCGCACCUAGUCCUGCACAGGAGAUUGAUCAGCUACAUAUGUUCAAAAUGAAGUAUUUUAACAUCAUAUUGUUCAUUGUAUGGGAAAAGAAUUAGUGCAUUA